CGGAGAGCCGCGACCUCUCCGUCGCCCUCGCCCCCUCCCACCCUCCUCUGCCCUGCGUUGUCGUCUCCCUCGCCAGUCCGUCGCGCCCGCCGAGGAGCUGAGCUGAACCGAGGCCGGCCGUUGCGCGCCGCCCGAGAAGAAGACGAAGACGAGCAGACGACGGCUCCUCUCCUACGCCGUCCUCUCUCUCUUGAACUGAAACAGCGUCGCCCACAUGCUGAUCGGCAUGCCGCAGGCAGCAGCAGCAGUAGUGCACGGCAAGGACCCCAGCACCGUCCGUCCGGCGGCGGCGCUGCCCCUGAAGCUCCUCCGCCCUCUCCUCCUCGUGGCGGUGCUCGGCACGGGCUUCCUCGCCGCCGUGGCGCUGCUCGUCGGCGGCCCCGCCUACUCGUCCGCGCUCCCGCGCCCGCCGGUCGCCCUGCCGCCCGCGCCGCCGUCGGGCGGCGGGAAGCAGCCGCUGGAGCGGUGGGCGCGGGCGCCGGCGUCCGCGUGGCACAACAUGACCGACGACGAGCUGCUGUGGGCGGCGUCGUGGCGCCCCAGCGUCCGGCGCUACCCGUACCGCCGGACGCCCAAGGUGGCCUUCAUGUUCCUGACCCGCGGCCCGCUGCCGCUGGCGCCGCUGUGGGAGCGCUUCUUCGCCGGCGCCGGGGGCGGGGACGCCGGCCUCUUCUCCGUCUACGUGCACGCCACGCCGGGGUACCGCCCCGACUUCGCGCCGGCGUCCGCCUUCUACCGCCGCCAAGUGCCCAGCCAGGUGGCCGAGUGGGGCGAGCCGAGCAUGUUCGACGCGGAGCGGCGGCUGCUGGCGAACGCGCUGCUGGACCCGGGCAACGAGCGCUUCGUGCUGCUGUCCGAGUCGUGCGUGCCGCUGUACGGCUUCCCGGCGGUGUACAGCUACCUGACGCGGUCGCGGGAGAGCUUCGUGGGCGCGUUCGACGACCCGGGCCCGGGAGGCCGGGGCCGGUACCAGGGCGGGCUGGCCCCGGAGGUGGUCCGCGAGCAGUUCCGCAAGGGCGCGCAGUGGUUCGAACUGGAGCGCGCCCUCGCCGUCGACGUGGUCGCCGACGGCCGCUACUACCCCAAGUUCCGGGAGCACUGCCGGCCGCCGUGCUACGCGGACGAGCACUACCUGCCGACGGCGCUCUCCAUCCUGGCCCCCGCGCGGAUCGCCAACCGCAGCGUCACGUGGGUGGACUGGUCCCGCGGCGGCGCGCACCCGGCCACGUUCGGGGAGGCCGACGUCGGCGAGGCGUUCCUCAGGCGGCUCACGGCGCCCGGGAAGGACCAGGGCAACUGCACCUACAACGGCCAGCCGGCGCAGGUGUGCUUUUUGUUCGCAAGGAAGCUGGCGCCCGGCACGCUGCAGCCGCUGCUCAGGCUCGCCCCGAAGCUGCUCGGAUACGGCUGACUGUCACUGUCACUCUGACUGCUCACCUCUGAAUCUGAAUCUGAAUCUUCUCCAACGUGACACAAAGACACCUCUGAAUCUGAUUUAACGCACAACUGUGUUAC